AUGCCCCCGCCCCGGAGACCCCCGGCCCACCUGCUCCUGGUUUGCCUCUUUGCCAGCUUCCAGCAGGUCUCGCCAGGCACUUUGCUCCUCUGCGGGAUCUCCUUGUGUUCGGGAGAGCACUGCUGCGAUGGUCAGUGCUGUAGCCUACACCCAGGAGUCCGGGAGGAGACGAACCCGUUCGGACUCAUCUUCAUCCUCACUGGCAUGAUAAUGGGGUUCGUGUGCCUCUUCGCCGCCUGCAAGUGCCUCAAGGCCCGUGCCGCGCUGCACGAGACGGAGGGCGUCCAACCGGCGCAGCCCCAGGUCCCGCCUGCCCCCAGGACGGCAACUCCCGGGCCCCCCUCCCAGCAGCCCCAGGAGGAUCCCCCGCCCUACAGCGAGGUGGCGUCAAAGCCAUUCCUGUACCCGCUCCCUGACAUCCCGCCGCCCUGUUACAGCAACGUCGUCAUGGCAGACCCUCCGGCAACAGGCGUUAACCACCGGACCACGCUCUAG